AUGCCAUGCGCUGCAAUGCCCUGUUGCGAUUGUACAUGGUCCAUCGGAAAAGGCUGCGAUAAAACUGGUCAAUUAGAGCGAGGCUUGUCCGACGCGGCCCUAGGUAGCCAGAGUAGCAUUGAAGCCGACGGGCAAGAACUGCUGCAGCAAAAAGAGUCCGAGGCAGAAGCAUCAGAUACCCUGUUCCUGACGAUGGGGAGGAAAUCUAGAAGAUCAUCAGUUGUGUCUGUCAUCCACGUGUUGUGCUACUGA